CAUCAUCUGAAUGCAUGAGGGCAACCUGUGGUGAAACUCAACUAACUCGUGUUGUUCGGUGCAUUUGGGGACACGCUGUACCCAAUGAAUGAGCGGAGCCUUCGCUGACGAUGCUUGCCGAGCGCUGCCGGUCGACACGCCCCCAGCAUGGAUACAACCAGCAGGAACAGGCGCUCAGGAGACACACUCACUAUGCUGGAGAGUGUUUGUAGCCGCGAUGGGAGUUAACACAUCCAAGUUUGUGGAGGUCCUCUUUCCAGCGUCGUUGCACUAAACAAAGACAUUGGGUUUCUUUUUCUUUUUUUUUUUUCUUCCUCUGAGGGGGCUUGUCUGCAUUUUUGUCCGAGGCGUUUCUCUCACAGGAUGUUGAUGAUAUUGGAAAGCCGGGUAAGAUCAUAAAGUCAGUUUUCUCUGAUGAGAACGACCUCCUCCUCCUCAACACCACCACCACCACACAAAGGGAACCACGGAACAAGUACUUUUUGUUUUCACACGCCAUCAUCUAAUUUAAUUUAAUUUUUUUUUGAAUGUCAUUAAGAAGCAGAGGGGGCUGUUUCAAAGACAAAAUGGAUCACUUUGCAGCAGAGUGCCUUGUUUCAAUGUCCAGUCGUGCAAUUGUUCACGCACCUAAAGGGAAUAGGGAGAUUAAACCAGAAAUCCCGUCCUCCUCCAAGAACGGAGAGGAAAUAAAGGAGCCUUUGGUGAAAGAUAACUCCUCUCUUUUUGUGGUGGCGCGGAUUCUGGCGGAUUUUAACCAGCAGACUCCCAACAAUGUUGCCGAGCAGGCAAAAAUAAAGGAUGAGAGCAUGCCGAACCUCAUAGAUGAUGAUGAUGAUGGAAACUCUGCCACACCUACCACCAUCUCCGAGCCUUCGCUCAAACAAAGAGGCAAAAGAUCGCGGGGUCGAACUGAGCAAGAAUCGCCUCAGAAAAAGCACAAAUGCCACUAUUCAGGUUGUGAAAAAGUUUAUGGCAAAUCAUCCCACCUCAAAGCCCACCUAAGGACACAUACAGGAGAACGGCCUUUCCCAUGUACCUGGCCCGACUGCAGCAAGAAGUUCGCCCGCUCCGACGAGCUGGCUCGCCACUACCGCACCCACACGGGUGAGAAGAAAUUCGGGUGCCCACUUUGUGACAAGCGCUUCAUGCGUAGCGACCACCUGAUGAAACACGCCCGGCGCCACUCAGAUUUCCAACCCGGCAUGCUGAAGAGGCCCCACGGCGGCAGCAGCGGUGGUACCACACGUCCCAGCUCCCUCAGCGACUACAGCCGCUCGGACGCCUCCAGCCCUACCCUCAGCCCUGCCCUUAGCCCUGCCCUCAGCCCAGCCAACUCGCCUUAAACUGAAACCCUGUCGCACUUUCUGCCUCUGACCUGGGAGGCCUGUUUUUUUGUUUUGUUUUGUCAUAACACUUGUGUUGCACAGUUGUCAGCAACCCCCCCAACCCUUUGCUAUUCCUGCGCUUGCUGUGGUGUACCAUACUGUACAUAAGUGCUUAUUGUAGUGCAAUUACUUGUGUGAUCCUAAAAGAAGGUAAUGCCUUUCCCAGAUGGAAAUAUUUACAUUCUGUACCAUAUGUCUGUAAUUUUUAGCUUCUGAUCAUGGCUAGUUGCCCAAUGUGUGUUUGCAGUCAGCUAAACAAGGUUUAGAAGAAGAAAAAAACAGACACCCUGACAAGUCUUAUCUAAAAAAAUGUUUUUCUUUGUUUCUUUUGAAUGAGUGAGGAGAGGGGGUACACACAUGCACACCUCAGGACAGUUGCUAUUUCUGUAAUACCACAGUACGUAACAGUACUCACAUUGACUGCACAAUAUACUCAUCACUUUACUCUGAAAUUCAACGGGGGUUGAAUUUUACGCCCUGCUCAGGGAUGGCCUUGUUAGCUUGAAAGAAUGAACAUGGUGAAGAAAAAACAUACAGUACACAUAUAGCAGCCUUACACUCAACACAAUUUGCACUCUUUGUUCUUUUGUUGGUUUUCACGUUUGAGGAAACUAGCCCUAUGGUCAUACGCUCAAUCAUACACAGAAAUCAUGUCCUGAUCUCCCUUGUGCUCUGAGGCGGGGGGGUCGUCUGUAAUGUAAGUGCUGUUUGUUAAGAGAAUCCCCCACCUCAGUAAUCAAAAUACAUCUGUUCCUCCGCUGCAACGUUAAUACCGUUACACUGGGUUUUAAAAAAAAUGUACUGUGUAAAUCUGUGGGAGGAUCGGGAUUAUAUUGGGUUGACAGUUUUUAUAAAAAUACUCAGUUGGAGAAACUUUAGACCCUUUAAAUAGAGACAGUUUCAAAGCAGCUGUUCAUGCUUUUUUCUUAAAAAAGAAAGUGCUGUGUCAUCAGCUGACAUUUCACACAAAAUGGACACAAAGGGACUUUAGUUGAGACAAUGUUUAUCCCUCUCUGAAGCACAUAGGAAAAAGUACCAAAGACAAGAGUGAAUGAAAGCUUUCUAUUCAGUCUUGUAAGCCACCCUUCAUUGAGGCCUGGGGCUGCUGUUUGGCAGUAUCACAGGUAGAGCCAGACAGCCUGCUCACUUUCCUCCACCCGGCUUUGCCUUUUGUGGCCUCCCCUGGAGGAAACGGCUGCAUCCCACAAGAAGCUAUUCACAGACCGCAGGAGGAGUGCUAACAUGCCAUUUCCAGGGAGUCCUCCCUCACCCAUCUUGGCUCUACCUGUCCUAGAGAGUAGUAACACUCCAAGCCACCCAAAUUGCAUAAGGUUGGUUGACUCGGUGGAGGAGAAAUGUAGGCGUGAGAGUGUCGGGCAGAGCUGCGACAUGGUGGAACACGGAGUGAACAAAGCGGCUAUCUGCUAUAGACAGACAAGAGAGGGCAGGUCCUGAUAAAAGAGGAGAGGUUUAUCACGAGCUGAGCAGCACAGAGGAGGAGACACCCAGUCGCAGACACCGCCAUCUCCUCCUUCCCAACUCCCUUCCUCCCUCUAACUGUAGAAAACUGUGUAGGAGGGGGGGGAUGGCUGUAAUUAGUGGGUUGAUCCAACCUGUAUGAUAAGAGUAGAGAGAGAAAUGUAUGAACAACAGUACUACCUAGACGACACUAGCAGUGUGGGUGGUAUGUACCCAACUCCAUCCUAAGCACAGGGAGAAAUCCUCUACUACUGCUGGAGAGUCAAAUUUCACAACGCCAAGGAAAACCGUCGCUCCAAAUUCACACCGAUAAAUCCAAGAGCUCUCAAACAGCUGCUUUCAAACUUCUCUCUAGCAAACAAGGAGUGUGGGGGGAGGGGUGGGGGGCUUUUAAACUGUUGUAAAAACAUUUGAACCAAAACGAACAUAUCAGCAAAGUGCAGUUCUCACCAGCCUCAUGACGUCCUGCCUGUGAAGCUCAGAUGUCCCGUGAGAAAGCUGACUUGUGUUUCUAGACAGACAUGCCUCAAUAAGUCAGGCAAAAGGCACAGUAAACCUUCCAUGGAAACGGGCACCACUAUCAAAACUGCUACAGCCCAGCCAGUCUGUGUUAUGCCUACAUUUUCUUUUAAUGCUUCGGCCCCGGAAAUAGUUUCAUCCAUGUAUUUGGUCCUGUCAGACUCCUCCAGACUGUUGUCAUCAUAAUUUGCAUGUGCUCUCGCCCCUGCAGUCCCGUGCUUCACACUAUAUGCAUGUUAACAACUUUGCCUUGGAAGCAUUGAGGGUUUUUUUUUUUUUUUUUUUUUUGAGGCGGUCUGGCAGGUGUACGUUCAUGAAUGGCAGGCCUUGUGCCUCGUUCUCCGCAGCACCCAUCUCCCUUUAAAGUUGUGAAGAAUCAGCUCUGUCACAUCCUCCAGAAAGAAAACAUCCCUUAUUUAGAUUGAAUGCAGUAGUUUUUCUUCUCAAAACACCACACGUGAAAUAAGAAAACAAUCCUCUGUAAGAUGUUGAAAAUAGUUUUCCAGGCUGCAAGAUGACACUUUGAAUGCCACUGAUCAGCAACUCUAAGUGAAAGAAGCACUGAGAGGGGUUUUUGCAUUUACCAUUUCUGAAAAAAGAAACUUUGAUUUUUUCGCAAACAAAUCCUUCAAAUUGCUGUUGAGCAGCUUGUGGUUUCUAACCAUGACUUUUUUCUUCAUAGGCAAUUUUUUUGACUUUUGGUUUAUAGUAUAGCUUGCAAAAAAAAGAAAAAAAAGAAAUAAAAAAUCUAAAAAAUCUGAGUAGCUCACCCUCAAACAGGUUCCAUUAAUCACUUCUUAAUCCGUAAUCUGCACACAUUUACCUCAGGGUCGACAUCCGCAAAGCAGAUACGGGACAGUCUGUGGAUUUUGUUGUAACAUCAGUUGCUGCACAGAAAUGUCUGCCAGCCCCUUCCCCUCCACUUGUGUUCCUGGGUGCUUUGUGCUCACUGCCGGUCAGUGUCCGACCACACUGGAAACAGGAACGUCUCCGUGCGGGCCCAGCUCCUGCCUAUAAUGUCUUCAUAACAUUGUGCAGUCCUGCUAUACGUCUUAGUAAGCACCGGAGCUGUUUUUCAGUGAAACGCCCUUUUAAACAUCUUUGACCCUUUAGCGUCAGAGGACUAUACAGUAGGCGACAGGAAGCUCCUACCAUCUGAAAAAUAAACUAACUGUGACAGUGUAAACAAAUCAGUAUAUCCAUCCAGCCAGACUGCAGCGGUGACACACACAGUAGGCCUCCACAGGCAGUGUAUCAUAACUUUUAUCUCACUGUACCAAAAUCUACUUGAAUAAUUCAACACAAAAGGCCAUUGAACACAGUUUUGUACAUGUCCAUUUUUACUGUACUUUUACUUUUGUUGUCAAAUAAUUAUUAACCUCUCUGGAGAAAGGUGUACAGUGUGUUUGAUUUAUUUUGUUGUUGUUGUUGUUUUUUCUAGAUUUUCCAUUGUCUUCAGGUCAUUUCUGCAACUCCUUUGAAUUUAUCACAGCAUUAAGGUUGGGCUGUUUAAAGGCACCAUACUUUUUUUUUUUUUUUUUAAAGAUAACUUUAGCCCCAUUGAUGGGGUUCACCCCUUUAAUCAGAAACAGCUACUAGUCUGUUGAUGUCAGGAUGCAGGUUAUACCUGCUAUCCAAAAGAUUCCUCCAAGUCAGAAACUGAAAGGACUGUUGGUGACGAUAAAAAAUUAAAACUUCCUGACCUCUAUGUACGACAAUUUCAGAACGAGUGAGUCAUUUUCUUUAUUAUUUAGAUUAUUUUGAAAGUUUUCCAUAAGAAUAGAGACCACAGCAUUGUGAGUUAGCAAUGUAGUCAUAAUUUUUUAUUAUUGCUUUUUUUCUGUCUCAUAUUAAAUGUUUAAGCUUGUAUAUUUUUUUUCUCUCGAAAAAUCAUACCUCUUGAAAUAUUUGACUUUUGUUGUACGUUCAUAUCUUUUUUAAAACAUCCAUCAUGUAGCUUACGUUUGCUUGAUGAGUAGCACAAAUAAUUGGUGGUUUUAUUUGCCCCUACUUGAAUGAAGAAGGAAGUAAGGAAGGAAGGAAAGAAAGAAAGAGACUUUUUUUCUGUAAAAAAACAAAACAAAACAAAAACAAAACACUGGGCUACAUUUUAUAUAAUCAUCCCAUUUUGUCAGGGUCCUGCACAUCCUUGUAGAUUCAACAAAAGGAUCUUUCCAGGAAAUAAUAAAACCUUAUUGUUAUUCUUUUAUGUUUGAAAAAUAUUCUAUUGAAAAACAUCCCUUCCCCUACUGAGCUCUAUGUAUUUGUCUUAGUUUAAACCUUUUCUAUGUGGGGGGAUGAUGUCAGCUGUAAAUUACUAUGAAAUUCCAUGUCAGCAUUUUUUAAUCCAACUUUACGAUUGUAAUCCCACUAAGAUUACAGAUUCAAACAUCCGCAAGAGGAAGAAAAAAAGGACUUUAAACAAUGACAAUAUGGAAAGGUUUCUACAAGAUACUAACAGUGUACCAGUUAAUAUCUUUUCUUGCUAUCUGUAAAACAAAAUACAUUAAAACGACUUGAUUGUUGCCUAGUAUGUAAAGAACUAACAGUCUUAUUUAAAAAAAAAAGUUUAUAUUAAUUACAUGAAUAUAUCACUGAUCAGACCGUCUCAACAAGCUUCAUGACUGAUCUCAGUGUUCAAGCAUGAUCGAUGCAAUUGCAGUGUGCCAAAACUAUAAUGGUAACUUCAUAAAGAUGAUACAAAUGUAGGUUAAAAAAAACAAACAAAACAAACAAAAACAACCUAGCUACUAUCAGACAUUUAACAAACUUGUACAGUUUUUUAAAGUGUGACAUGUUUUUAUGUAAUGUACAGAAAUAUUUCAUUUCUGCUUUAUGUAAACAUUUUGAUUGUGUAGCUUUGUUUUCAUUUGGUUCUUGUUAUUUAAUUUUUUCUUCUUUUUUUUUUUUGCUGUACAAUACUCAAGCAAUGUAUAAUGGCUUAUUACAGGUAUUUUUGACAUAAACAAUCUUAAAGAUAAUGAACGCCCAACCAUUCCAAAGGAUUGAAAAUUGCAUUUGCUAUAAAUGUGCUGCUUACAUCGACCCGAUGCAUUUUUGUAGGUUAUGAAUAGAAGUCUGUCUCGACUGUGAGGUUUUUACACGUUGUGAAGUUAUGCGCAAGGUACGUUUCUCAUUGUCAACAUUUCCCAGGUUCAAACUCUCCUUUCUUCUCUUCAGGCUCUUUGUGUAAACUAAGCCAAUUCGAAUGAACAUCAUACAUGCAAUAUUUAAAAAGCGUUAUGAUAUAUAAUAUUUAGGACACACAGAGCAUGUCUUCCCUCAUGACAAAGGCCUGAGGCUUUUUUAAGGUGCGGAUAAUUACAGGAGAGAGCGGUUCUUGUGCAGUGAGAAGAAGGAGCUUUGAGUUCUCGCAGCUCAUCGGAGGCUCAACACAUGUUGUUACCAAAGGCUUUCGAAGGGAAAGGUGAAUGUUGCAGUAAUUUUGAACCCAGCACACCUUGGGUUCAACAUUAUAUGCUUUAAGUGUUGAUCAGUGGAUGUUUGUGCUUAAUAUGGACCUUUUCUACAUCUCAAAUGAGCGACUUUGUCAUUUGUUUUCUUUUUUAAAAAAAUCACUUGAAUGAACAAAGCUCAUUUAGUCACACAAGCGUUCUGAAUGAGUAAAAAGACGAGAAACAAAAGAGACUGAGUGAGUAGAAGCAUGCAGCACAGCAGACCAUAUCUGUCUGUAACCCUUCGCUGACCAUGUGGUCUUGCUUGACUGCUUGAACUGACACUGUGCGGCUCUUUUAUUUUAAAAAUGCACGCUGACAAAAAGUUUUGCUCAAGCGUUGGAUUUUUUUUUUUGCCCUUAAAGGAGUUAUUAGUUUCAGGUUAUGCAGCACAAGGUGCUGUGAAUGACCCUCCCUUUGAUUACAAAGAGAGCCUCUCACCAGCCUUUUGGUUCUGUUUCCUGUACCUGUCUGUCCUCAAUGUACCUCCUCAGUGUAAUGUUGCUCUCUUGAUACCUCUGUGCGUUUCUCCUCUGCCCAUCACCAUCAGUUGCCUGUUGUAGUGACUCCAUGGUGCUGUUUCCCCUCUCAGCACCAAUAUAAUCUAAUCUGUAAAUAACUCUUGACUCAGCUAUGGCCAGUACAUUCUUCAAUGACCUCAAUCUAACCUUCAGGUGCAGUUUUGUUUUUUUGUUUCAGUAAACCAAAAUCACUACAUUAGUAGUAUUACAGUUGUACAGUUCCUCGGAUUCUACACAAAUUUAAUGUGCUGGUCUUAGCUGCUCUGCUGUACCUUUUUAUGGCAUUAUUUUUUACAUGUUAGACAAUAUAUUGUGACCAUGUCCUAUGCAAAUAUGAAAAAUAACAGAUUGUUGAAUAAUGUAUGUUGUCAUAACUUGUAUGCAUGAAAUAGUGAAGUUUACAUUUGGAAAUAAAUUCAUAAAAUAAGCAGCUA